CAUCAACUUACCAAUUCAGAUGAUCAUAUGAUCACCUCACGAGAAAAAGGGGCGAGUCCUUGUUUUUACACAUAAAAUUUUGACGUAUCGUUGAAAUUUCCUCAUUUAAAUCUGAAAAAUAAAUUGAAUUAACAAUGAAGGGCUGUUUGUUUAAUAUCGACAAUGGUUAUUUGGAGGGUUUAUGUCGUGGUUUCAAGUGUGGAAUACUUCAACAAAGUGAUUAUUUAAACUUGGUGCAAUGUGAAACACUUGAAGACUUGAAACUACAUUUGGCGGGAACGGAUUAUGGCAGUUUUUUGGCAAAUGAACCCUCGCCAUUGUCAGUGAGUGUUAUUGAUGAUAAACUGAGGGAGAAACUUGUCGUUGAAUUUCAACAUAUGCGAAAUCAUUCUGUUGAACCAUUGUCGCAAUUUCUUGAUUUCAUCACUUACAGUUACAUGAUUGAUAAUAUAAUUUUACUCAUUACUGGCACUCUUCAUCAGCGACCAAUUUCCGAAUUAAUACCCAAGUGUCAUCCACUUGGUAGUUUCGAGCAAAUGGAGGCAAUUCAUGUCGCAGCAACUCCUGCUGAAUUGUACAAUGCCGUUUUGGUCGAUACUCCUCUGGCUCCAUUUUUCGUCGACUGCAUUUCCGAACAGGAUUUGGAUGAAAUGAAUAUUGAAAUAAUCAGGAACACUUUGUAUAAGGCUUAUCUUGAGGCUUUUUACAAAUUUUGCAAAGACAUCGGUGGCACCACUGCUGAAACAAUGUGCGAAAUACUCGCUUUUGAAGCCGAUAGACGAGCAAUAAUUAUAACGAUUAAUUCGUUUGGAACCGAACUCGGUAAGGAUGAUCGUGCUAAACUCUAUCCCCGUUGUGGAAGAUUGAAUCCCGAUGGAUUAGCUGCCCUUGCUCGUGCUGAUGAUUAUGAACAAGUGAAAGCCGUCGCCGAAUAUUACGCAGAGUAUAGCGCACUUUUCGAAGGGGCUGGUAAUAAUCCUGGUGAUAAAACACUGGAGGAUAAAUUCUUCGAACGAGAGGUUCGUUUGAACGUCAACGCUUUCCUUCAACAAUUUCAUUUCGGAGUAUUUUAUAGUUACUUAAAAUUAAAAGAGCAAGAGUGUCGCAAUAUUGUCUGGAUAUCUGAAUGCGUUGCACAAAAGCAUCGCGCCAAAAUUGACAAUUACAUUCCAAUUUUUUAAAUUGAAAAACAAAAACAGAAAAAACAGAAGAAAUUGGAAAUAGAUAAAAUUAAAUUUAUUCGACGCCGUUUUGUUUUGAGGGCAAAAAAAAUGCUCCACUUAUUAACAAAAAAAAAAAUAUUGUUGUCGACAAGAACAAAAUUAUUUUUGAGAGACAAAAAUCUCAAGUAUUCAUGUAUUUUCUUUUUUUCACAAUAUUGGCGUUUGAAAUUUUAAACUUUUAAAAGAAACAAAAAAAAGAACAUCAAUUUUCUUGUACAUAGUAUAUAAAUUAUAUUCUCUAAUCUCCAAGUAUAGUAUUAUUAUUAUCAGAGGUAUAAAUUGUUGUCUGUAAAACUGUGUAAUAACGCACUAAUAAAACCAUUCUGCAUUCCAUGUUAA